ACUUCCGGGGCGACCGCAGCGAAGAGGAAAAAGACAACGACGGUCUGAAAGAUGGCGGCGCACAUGCAGAAGAAUAACAAGCCAGGGAAACCUGGAGGAAAAGACACUCAGCCUCUGAUUAUCGCCAAAACCCCGGCGGAGGAACAGCGUCUGAAGCUGGAGAGGUUGAUGCGGAACCCGGAUAAACCCGCUCCCAUCCCGGACCGGCCCAAGGAGUGGAACCCGCGGGCUCCGCCGGAGUUCGUCCGGGAUGUGAUGGGCUCCAGCGCCGGGGCCGGCAGCGGGGAGUUCCAUGUUUACAGACACCUCCGACGCAGAGAGUACCAGAGGCAGGACUUCCUGGACAAGAUGUCGGAGAAGCAGAACGAGGACCUGGACUACCUGGACAAGGUGGAGCAAAACAAACGGGCAGCCGAGGAGAGAACCGCGAAGCGCAGGAAGAAGCGGGAGAAGCUGAGGAAGAAGAAGCUGAUGGCAAAGAAGGCAAAGGUAGAGGCCAAAAACAAAAACGAGGAAGAGUCCGACAAGAGCUCGGACAGCAGUGAGGAGGAGGAGGAGGGAAAGGAGGAGGAAAGAGAGGCUGAUGAUGAUGCCGAGGCUCCGAGCUUCAUAAUGGGGAGGAAAUAACGCCCUGUGCCUCCUGCAGGGGGGGUGGACACUGACUGCCAGGACUGGGUUCUGGUUCUAAUGCUCCUUGAUAGUGACAUUGUGGCUGAUUGAUCAUAAAACAUUGGAUCACGUAACACUGGAAACAAGCAAAAACUCAAGUGGAAGCAGAUUAAGAGCCCUGUACGAGAGAAUGUGCUCCCUGUUUGACUAUUGAAUUACCAGGAAAGACCUGGACAGACUGCCCAGGUUAACAGGCGGAAACCACCUUGAGAGCAUAAGCAGACAAUGGUGGACAUUGUUCCAGCUGGAAAAGAGACAUGCUGAGACACAGUUUUCAUUAUGCUGUUCUUAAUCUCCCUAAAGUGUGUGUAGUUUUUAUGUGUCAGAUAGCAGGCCGUGUCAUCUUCAGCCUUUCUUGAGUUUUCCAGAAUCUUCAGUUGAUUGAAUCAUUGUGAAUCCUUUUACAUUUUAAUGUAAUAUUUUCAAUGUUUUAAUAAAAACGAGGACAUACAUGGACAUUCUGGUGUUAUGCGGUUUGUUCAUGUUCAGAUAUUUAAAUCUAAAUAUUAAACAAUUUAGGUAAUAAGAAUAGAAGUGUGUGUGUGUGUGUGUCCCAACUCUUUGCAGUCUUGUGAAGCUGCUCCUGGCAAGGACUAUUGCUCGCGGGCACAACAAGGCUGCAGAAAGCAACUCAAAGAAUGAAAAGGCGUGACUCCUGGAGGCUCAGGGGUUUCACGUGCGAUGUUCCUUGGACAGACUCCUGCUUUCCACGGUGGUGAUGGCCUCGCUCUGUAGCCAUCACCUUUCUUGAGGCAGGCAGAGUGAAACUAGACAGCCAGAUAUUAUUUGAAACAGGUGGAGCUCUUCCUGUCAGAUACUCCCCGCUGUCACAAUAACGUCAGAUUUUUUUUUAAUAUAUAUGUAUGCAAAAAAAUGAAAGUGUGCACACACAACUUUGACCAAUACUUACUGUAAUAAAUUAACUUUUAAAAAAUG